ACCCCCGCAUCCCCUCUCUAUCUCUCUCUCAUCCGCCACCCUCCUUUCUCUCUCUAAAAACCUUCUCUCUUUCUAGGACUCUGGGUUUGUACUUUCAGAGAUGUUGGUCAAGGACGAGUGGACGAGAGCGGCGAUGACCGACGACGUGCUUGUCGUCGAGCUACUGCUGCGGCUCAAGCAGGCGCAGGCGGCGGGGCCUUCGUCUCCGAUGUCGCAGUCUCUUUUGACGCUCAGGUGGGGUGUGAGGAUGCUACGCUCCAAAGCGGCGUCGUCCGGUUCCAGAUUCGAUGGCGGCGUCUCGCAUCAGAGGAGAAGCGGCAAGAACGGCGCCGAUUCCACCACUAGAUGCAGCCCAACGACGCCUCUCUCAUGGAGCGGCGGCACCGGCUCUCCAUCCGCCACCGCCGACGGCUUCGAAGAGUCUAGCUGCCCCAGAUCCAAGGGCAAUGCUACAUAUGAAUCCACCAGCACCACCACUGGCACCAAGAGGGCAAGGAGAAAGAAGACAUAUGCUGAGCUAAAAGAGGAGGAAAGUUCGUUGUUGAAGGAAAGGACAUAUCUGGAAAAGGAAAUAGCGACCUUACAAACAGCUUUCAAGGAGCAAAGAGCCAAAAAUGACAACUUUAAGAGAAUCAAGAUUGAUCUGAACUUGCAUUCCGCAAGGAAUUUGAGUGCAAACUUUGACGGAGCAGGGAAAUCGAUUUCCAGCCAACCCCAUGAGAGAAUAGCUUCUUCUAGUUCCACUGCCUGCUACAUUCCUUCGGUUUUGCCUCCACGUCCACACCCGCGAUUUGAUUCUUGCGUUGAAAGCAAUCCGGUGCUGGCCCGGGAUAAUUCCUUCCUGCUGCCUGAUUUAAACAUGGUUCCAUCAGGCGAGGAAUCGGGUUCCGAAAUGCUACCCGGGAUGAGCUGAGGAAAAUAAGAUGAUUUCCCAGUUGCCAGUCUAACAUAGCUCAAGCCACAGGAGCUCACGUCAGUCGGUACUACUACUACUACAAGUACAAAGUCAAGAGUAUUUGAUGAAGUUACGGAUUUAACCUGAUAUGAAUCCCCAUUACAGUCGAUUGGGGGUUUAAUUAGUAAAAUUGCCAAUAUGGCAUAGGUUCCUGCUUUUAAGGGUGAACCCUCAUUACUUCUCUCAAUCUCGUGUUGAAAUUAUAUUAGAUCCACAAGAGUUGUACCAUUCUUUGUAGCCCAAAACGUCGUCGUAUUCUAGUUUCAGUCCCACAAUACGUGUUGAAUUGUCAACGACGCAUGUAUUUUUUUAUUUAGAUUUUUUUAAUGACAAAUGGUUUUAAAAAUU